GCACAACGUGCCACAGAUCGUCGAGAUGCCGUCUUACCUAGACAGGAAUGUCUCGAUCAAGGUUUCACGAUUUUACAUGAGAGUUGUCGGGAUUUGGUACGCUGAAACGGAACGUGAGAAACGGAUGCUGAACGGGGCUAUGAUUUACUCAAUUCUAGCUCUCCUCUUUGCCCUUGUCAUUGUCGUAGUCGAUUUAUUUCAUGUUUGGGGGGAUUUUCACGAAACCACGACAGGCCUCUUGGUGGUGAUAACGGUAGUAAGUGCGGUUAUAAAAUUACUGAUCGCAAUAGGACGAAAAGAUGCAAUAAUCGAUCUGCUCAUACAUUCUAAAAAAUACUUUUGGGAAGUGACAUACGAUAGUUUUAGCGAGCAGAUGCUAGACGAGUGUGAAAGGAAAGGUAUCAUUCUGCUGUGCAGUAUGGCCUGUGCUGUCCAAGGAACCGCGAUGGCUUACCUAAUAAAUCCGUUUAUAACGGACAAUGGAUCAAAUGAUACUCAGAGAGCAUUGCCAUUCACAAUUUGGAUUGAUUUACCAAUGUCUGAGACACCGUAUUACGAGAUUUUUUUCACGGUUGAGUGCCUGACAACCACGCACUCAGCAAUCUGUUUCUUCUGCUUCGACAAUUUGUUGUGUAUAUUGAACAUCCACCUCGUUGGUCAGUUUAAGAUAUUGCAGCACAGACUGGAGACGUUGUGUGAUAAAUUUGUGAUUCAUGUGGAUGACGAGAAUGAAAAUACUUAUCCUGAGACAGCGGAUGAGAGAUUUCCGAAAAACAUUUUUAAUAGAAAUGAAAAUCCGAGACUGAAAAUUGAUUUCACGAAGUCUGGAGCGAAGAAGAAUCGUUUGGAUCUCAGUGGAAAGGCUUACAACAAUUUAAAGGAAUGCGUAAAACAGCAUUUAUUGCUAUUUAAUUACGUUGAAAGACUGGAGUACAUCUUCAGUCCAAUUCUUCUUUAUCACAUAGGAUUUUCCAGCUUGAUCCUAUGUUUGGCAGGCUUCGAAAGUAUCGUGGCUAAGCGCGGGGAAAGUAUUUUACAUAUGAUUUCCGCCGCCGCCCAGAUCCUAAUUUUUACCUGGACUUGCGACGAGAUUAUUGACCACAGCAUGGGAAUUGAGGAUUGUGCAUUUCGCUCGAAAUGGUACACGACACCAGACACUGAGGAAGGACGGUCCAUUCGCACGGGCUUGAUAAUAAUCAUGAUGAGAUCACGUCGCGCCUGUUUUUUGACUGCUGGGAAACUACGCGCGAUAUCUUUGCAGACCUUCACGAGUAUCCUGGGCACAACUUCGUCCUACUUAUCGGUACUGCGUCAGAUGGGCGAUGAAAUUUAGUUUAUUUAUUUAUCUU